GAAUUACUCCCGCCCAUCGUGCUCGCUGUCCCCAAGAAAAAAGUGUCCCACUCGCGCAAAGCCAUGCGCAGUGCGCACAAGGGUCUCAAAGACAAACUGAACAUCGUCCAUUGCCCCGGCUGCGGACAACCCAAACUUGCCCACCACGCGUGCAGAAGCUGCUACGACAGCAUC